AUGCAGGUAGAACGGUAUUUGCUACUAUUUGGGGCUGCCCUUGGGUCCAAUACGAGUGACUUUGUAGAAGCAAAUUUAAGAAACAGUAAGAGAGGACAGUCGAAAUUGAAUGAUGGUCAUAAAGUACUACGACAAGUUACUGAGUUAGGCUAUCUACCACCAGACGACACCCCUCCUGGUGGGCGGCACCGAAAACCUGGUAGGAAAAGCUCCAUUUCUCUCAGAAUGG